AUGCUAAAAAGAGAUCCCGUUACGCUUCUGAUAACAGACGGAAUCGAUUGGCUGAAAAGCGAGGUUUUGGCUUUUUAUCGAGGCAUCAUACAAAAUAUUAUGAUGUCGCGCGAAUCGUUUCACCUUCUCCCAAUAUUCAUGGAUUUUUUAACAUGCUACUUUUUGUCAGAUGUAGACUUUAUUGGGGCUGCAUGUAACGUGUUUUCUUUUGCUUUAUCGUUGAUCCCGGACCAAGAAAACUUGCAAUUUACCUAUAGUUUGUCGCUCUUUUUUUCAAAUUUAGUUAAGAUUUUAAACCAGCACUCGCCUGUCGAAGCAAAAUCGAUCGGUGGCAUCUACUUUUCGAGCCCGGUUUGGAAAUCAUUAUUACAAUUUUGCUUUGGAAAAGAUUUUCGUACUAGAGGCAAAAAAGAAUGCCUAAUUCUGCUUUUUAAUAUGCUAGCUUGUUCUAUAAACAAUCUGCAAGAUCUACUUAUUUCUUCUGUUGAGUUGUUUUAUCCGCAACCUCGCAGGAUGGAUAUUUUGGAAUAUGGCAAUGAGGCUUAUUUGGAAAUAUUGAACGUUUGCUUACUCGAAAUGCUUUUUUUGGCUUCCCUUCCCCCAGCGGCAUUGGAUCAUCUUGUUCCAGAUGACUCCUUUUGGUUUGAAAACAUUCUCCAUGCGUUUUACUUGCUGUUUGGCCAGUGCAAUCUUGAUGAAUUUUCAACCUCUAUUAAUUGCUAUAGUCCAGAUUGCUAUGAUCUCUCUUCCAUCUAUUUAAUAGAUGGAAAUUCAUCCGAAAAUACGGUUCACAACGACCAUGCACUUCGAUCCUUAUACAUACAUUCGUUAUACUCGUUGCUGGCAUCUCAUCCUUUAAAAGUGCGGACCUGGUGGACUCAGAGCACAGCUCAUUCCUCAGUACCAGAGACCCUAUUUGACAAGAAAAGCUGGACCAAUCUUUUGGCCACUUUUGACAGAUUCGUUUGCACAAGGUUUUCGCAAAAAUUAAUUAAAAGAGAAAUUGAGCUUUUAAGAGCGCCAGCAUCAAAAAAAAGACUCUCUCCUUUGGAAUUGAAUUUGUUGCAUUCGAGUAUUUCAUCCUCCAUUUUGGUAAGGCUCCCACUUGGAGAAGAAAAUGCUUUUCUUGAAAUGACCCUCAUCUUUCCCCAAUCUUACCCGCUAAAUUCAAUUGUUGUGCAGCAAACAGGUAAGAGGGUCGGGGUUUCAGAAGCGGUUUGGCGUAAAUGGCUAUUAUCCACUCAGAUAUUAAUUUCCGGGAGCACAUCUAUGCUUUCUCUGGCCACUGCAAAUACGCCUCCAUUGAUUGUCUCGUGUUCAUCUACAAUCUUGGAAGCCCUUGUCCUGUGGAAGAAAAAUGCUGAAGCAAGGUUCUCUGGAAUCGAAGAGUGUAUAAUCUGCUAUUCUAUCUUCCAACCAAUCGACUUUAGCCUCCCGUCCAAGGGCUGUCCCAGUUGCAAACACAAGUUUCACUCCUCCUGCUUGAUAAAAUGGUUCAAAACCAGUGGCAACUCAACCUGUCCCCUAUGUAGAGCUUACAUUUAG